UAGCACACUGUCUUCACAUCAAUAAGGAUUGUAAGCACACAGGAGAGCAAUAACAUGGCGCUGGCAGUAAUAUAACGGAACCGAGAGAGAGAGAAAAAGAACAGAAAUGUAACGCUCAUAAUCAGAGUCAGCAGGUUUGCCAGGAUUUUCCAACAUGUUUGGAAAGAAAAAGAAAAAGCUGGAGAUCUCUGCCCCCUCAAACUUCGAACAUCGGGUUCACACAGGCUUUGACCAUCGUGAGCAGAAAUUCACAGGCCUUCCCCAGCAAUGGCAAAGUUUACUGGCAGACACGGCAAACAGACCCAAACCCAUGGUGGACCCAUCAUAUAUCACACCCAUUCAACUAGCUCCUAUGAAGAUAUCUCCCAAGAAAGUCCGGUCCACUGAAACGUCAUUACAAAAAACCAUAGUAAGAGGAAACAGACCUCAGAAAGAUGCCUCCAUCAAUGGCUUGCUAGAAGACUUUGACAGCAUUUCUGUAACCCGUUCAAACUCUUUACGAAAGGAAAGUCCUCCUGCACCGUACCAGUCAAAUCACUCCAAUCACAUUCAAGAGCGCCCUGAAGAAAAUGGCUUCAGUCAUUACUACUCCAGAUACUCAUGCGACCUGGACACAGCUAAAGAUUUUCCUUUGGAGCCCUUUAGAGAAAAGGGUAGUUUUGAAGAGGACUGGGGCAGACACUACAAAUCAACUAAACAAAAUGGACAUUCUACAAAAACUAGAGGGGCAGAUCCUUUUUAUCCGGAUGCUAUGCCCCAAAAGUCAGACUUUUCUAAAAUGCCACCAGAUUACCACACUUUCAUGGAGACAAAGAUUAAAUCAGCAGAACUUAUUGGGGCAAAUUGGGACAAUUAUAGGGGUUCUACAAGCAGUUAUCCUCAUUACAGGGAGCAACCUCAAGGCACACCCUCAAGGACUUCCAUUCAUAGUGAAAGAAUUGAUUACUCAGAUAGUGACUGGGGAUAUGGGCCCCCAAGAGAAGAUUAUGAGAAGAGACCAAAGUCAUCCUAUGUAACCGAGACCAGCCCUCAAACAGCCAUUAGACAGCGGUCCAAGUCAGGAUCUGGCCUGCAGGAACCUAAUUUGCCAUAUGGAGCUAGCGCUUUUAAAUCAACACAGCAGGGUCAUGCAUACAGUUCAUACACCUAUCCUCGUCUCUCUGAAACCAUGGCUGCCUCAGGUAUUCCAAAGGUGGAUUGUGAAAGAGCACGGAGAGAUGUAAGCCCGCAACUGUCUAGUGCAGAAACUUACUCCAAGAGUCCAACAAAACUACCUCAAAGUCAAACCAAGCCAAGCUACCCAGGUGGUUACCAGUACCCCCCAACAUACCACAAACCAUCUCCAUACCAUCACCCCCCUGCACAGCCCAGUCCUCAGUAUGGUGCUCAAGCUUCUUACUCCCAGCCCUCGUCUCCAUACAUUCCUCCUGGUGCUUACCCUCCGCCGAGCUGGGGUUCCUCCACUGACCAGCAGCCCUCGAGGGUGUCCCACGAACAGUUCAGGGCAGCACUCCAGCUGGUGGUGAACCCUGGUGACCCCCGGGAAUACCUGGACAACUUCAUCAAGAUCGGAGAAGGCUCAACUGGCAUUGUGUGCAUCGCUACAGAAAAGCACAGUGGCAAGCAGGUUGCAGUAAAGAAAAUGGACCUCAAGAAACAACAGAGAAGGGAACUGCUUUUCAAUGAGGUAGUUAUAAUGAGGGACUACCAUCAUGAAAAUGUGGUUGACAUGUACAACAGCUACCUUGUGGGGGAUGAGCUGUGGGUCGUCAUGGAGUUUUUGGAAGGUGGUGCUUUGACUGAUAUUGUAACCCAUACCAGGAUGAAUGAAGAACAAAUAGCAACAGUGUGUUUGUCAGUGUUGAAGGCUUUGACAUAUCUCCAUACUCAAGGGGUUAUUCACCGGGAUAUAAAAAGUGACUCGAUACUUCUGACAAGUAAUGGAAGGAUAAAACUCUCAGACUUUGGCUUCUGUGCUCAAGUUUCCAAGGAGGUUCCUAAGAGGAAGUCACUGGUUGGCACUCCUUACUGGAUGGCACCAGAGGUGAUUUCUAGAUUACCAUAUGGAACUGAGGUAGAUAUUUGGUCCCUUGGCAUCAUGGUAAUCGAAAUGGUGGACGGAGAGCCUCCUUAUUUUAAUGAGCCCCCACUUCAGGCAAUGAGGAGGAUACGAGACAACUUGCCUCCAAGGUUAAAGGACACCCACAAGGUUUCAUGUGUCCUGAGAGGGUUUCUAGAUUUGAUGUUGGUGAGAGAACCUUCACAGCGAGCUACUGCACAGGAACUACUGCGGCAUCCAUUCGUGAAACUGUCUGGACCUUCUUCAUGUAUCGUUCCCCUGAUGAGGCAAUACAGGCACCGCUGACAAGGAGCAGAAAACUUCAACUGUGAAAAUAGACUGAAACCCUUAAAAACAGCAAAAGCUUAGCAGCUUAAAGACAUUGGCUAAAAGACAAAUGCAAAAAGCACAUCAUUUAACUACAGUAAUCUUAAAGAGAGGCACUGUGCCCUCUUUCAGAAUUGAUAAAAACAUGAUCCAGGGAGAUCAUCAACAGGAUCCAUUUCUAUAUCCAGAGAUGUUAAGUGUUGACUUCUAUUACUCAAUGUGUAGUUGUUGACUUCUAGAAUUUUUGGAGCACUGCUUUUUUUUUUUGGAAGUCAGGUAAUCUACCUUCCAGACAAGCGCAGGAGGUGAAUUCCAUGAAACCCCACUGACAGAAGCCCCACUGACUGUCAGAAUAAUACAUUUUUACUUAAUGGGAAUUGUAUGGCAUUUUGUACAUUGAGAAAGACUGGCUGUAUUUCUUUUGGUUUAAAAAAAAAAAAAAAAAAGCACUUUUCUCUUCUAACACUAGCAGUACAAUGUAUUUUAGAGCAACUGUAAUUUUAUGUACAGUUUUUGAUAAUUUGCAGUAUUUUGUUGUGAUGUAACCAUUGUGAUAUGAACAGUAUUAAAUAUAAUUUAACUAGAAUUUCAGCAAAGAUCUUUCCUACUAUUUAUAAUCCCUUUUUAAAAAUGUAUGAAAGCCUAUACAAGAAAAUAAAAUUAAACAUAAACUAUGAGAGUGCAUAUCGAUAACUAGCCUAUAUAGCUGAAAAUGAUUUGUAUGCUGAGGAAAAUUAGUCAAUUCAAAAAAAGGAUAAUUUCAAAUGUUUGUAUACUAUUUAUAGUAUGGUUUAUUUUUUGAAUAAUUGAAGAUUUAUUUUUGAGUAGGUUUGCAUUUUUAGUUUUGAGAUUUCAAAGGGCAGUUGUGUUGGUUAUUUUACGUACAGUUAGCAAGCAAUAUUUACUUGUUCAGUCACCUCUUUUGUCUUUAUGUAAAUAUCAAUGUGUAAUGAUGGUGCUUUUCAAAAAUCAAAUGACAGCCAUAAAAUAUGUGCAAGAUGGGUUUUAUUUUGGUAUAUACCAUAAACAAAUAAAUAACAAUCUGAUAUCGUCUUAUCUGUUUAACUCUAGGUAUUGGUUACAAAAGUGACAUCUAGUUUUAUUUGAGGUAUUAUCCAAUCACAGUCUAUAGAAAACAGUCCAGUUACUCUAUCACAAAUAAAAAGCACUAUGAAAAAAGUAAUGAUUUGAAAAUACCAAACCCUGAAGAUUUUUAACAUGCUUUGACUUCUUUGCCCGAUGUAUGAUCUAUAUUGAAUUCAUUGUUGGACUCGUGGAGCAUGUCAAUAUGCUUGAUGAAUCAGGUAUAAACUUAAUUUCUUUUUUUGUUUGCUUUAGUUUUAAUCAUUUUAAUCAUUUUAAUGUGUAAAUAUGAACACAUUAACACGUGUGCUGCUGUCUAAACUUUAAUGAAUGUUAAAACUUGAAUGACUACUAAAUAAAUGUGUUGUUGCUUGUUGAGUGAAAGUGCAUGAUUGUUGUUGGUAAAUCUGGAUUUGGUUAUAAAUAAACACAAAUGAAAUCAAA